GAGGCGCGCGUCAAGCGUACUGGCGUUCGGCUUUCCCUGCUGGUCCCUCCCUCCGUCGCGGUAGCGCGGUGCACCUUGGGAUUGGGAGCGAUCUCCGAGCGAGGCGGCAAGAUGGACGCGGGAUUCUUCCGCGGAACAAGUGCAGAACAGGAUAAUCGGUUCAGCAAUAAGCAGAAGAAGCUACUGAAGCAGCUGAAAUUUGCAGAAUGUCUAGAAAAAAAGGUGGACAUGAGCAAAGUAAAUUUGGAGGUUAUAAAGCCUUGGAUAACAAAACGAGUAACAGAAAUCCUUGGGUUUGAAGAUGAUGUUGUGAUUGAGUUUAUAUUCAACCAGCUGGAAGUGAAGAAUCCAGACUCCAAAAUGAUGCAGAUUAAUCUGACUGGGUUUUUGAAUGGAAAAAAUGCUAGAGAAUUUAUGGGAGAGCUGUGGCCUCUGCUUUUAAGUGCACAAGAAAAUAUUGCUGGGAUCCCUUCUGCUUUCUUAGAACUGAAGAAAGAAGAAAUAAAACAAAGACAGAUUGAACAAGAAAAGCUGGCAUCUAUGAAAAAGCAAGAUGAAGACAAAGAUAAGCGAGAUAAGGAAGAGAAAGAAAGCAGUAGAGAAAAAAGGGAGAGGUCUCGUAGUCCAAGAAGACGCAAAUCCAGAUCCCCUUCUCCUAGAAGACGAUCUUCCCCUGUCAGGAGAGAGAGAAAGCGCAGUCAUUCUCGGUCUCCCCGUCACAGAACGAAGAGCCGGAGUCCUUCUCCUGCUCCAGAAAAGAAGGAGAAAACUCCAGAGCUCCCAGAACCAUCAGUGAAAAUAAAGGAACCUUCAGUACAAGAGGCCACUUCUACUAGUGACAUCCUGAAAGUUCCCAAGCCUGAACCUGUACCAGAGCCUAAAGAACCUUCUCCAGAGAAAAAUUCCAAAAAAGAAAAGGAAAAGGAGAAGACCCGACCAAGAUCACGGUCACGUUCUAAAUCAAGAUCCCGAACACGGUCUCGGUCUCCUUCUCACACUCGACCCAGACGGCGCCACAGAUCCCGAUCAAGAUCAUACUCACCUAGAAGAAGGCCAAGUCCACGGAGGCGACCUUCUCCUCGAAGAAGAUCUCCACCAAGACGAAUGCCUCCUCCACCAAGGCAUAGAAGGAGCAGGUCACCAGUGAGACGGAGAAGGCGUUCAUCAGCAUCCUUAUCUGGGAGUAGCUCAUCAUCUUCUUCAUCUCGUUCCCGGUCACCACCAAAGAAACCUCCUAAGAGAACAUCUAGCCCACCUCGAAAAAGUCGUAGAUUGUCUCCUUCAGCAAGUCCUCCUAGACGAAGGCAUAGGCCAUCACCUCCAGCAACUCCACCGCCAAAAACUCGUCAUUCCCCAACACCCCAGCAGUCAAAUCGUACCAGAAAAAGUCGUGUUUCUGUUUCUCCAGGAAGAACUUCAGGUAAAGUGACAAAACAUAAAGGUACUGAGAAAAGGGAGUCUCCUUCACCAGCACCGAAGCCUAGGAAAGUAGAAUUAUCUGAAUCAGAAGAAGAUAAAGGUAGCAAAAUGGCUGCAGCAGACUCUGUACAGCAGAGACGCCAAUACAGGCGACAGAACCAGCAGUCUUCAUCUGAUUCUGGCUCUUCCUCCUCCUCGGAAGAUGAACGACCUAAGAGGUCCCAUGUGAAGAAUGGUGAGGUAGGCAGGCGGCGGAGACAUUCCCCGUCCCGGAGUGCCUCUCCAUCACCAAGAAAGCGCCAGAAAGAGACUUCUCCUCGGAUGCAAAUGGGAAAGCGAUGGCAAUCGCCAGUGACUAAAAGUGGUAGUAGACGAAGGAGAAGUCUUUCCCCACCCCCUACCAGAAGACGACGAUCUCCUUCUCCUGCUCCUCCCCCUCGACGCCGCAGAUCUCCCACACCACCACCAAGACGAAGGACUCCUUCUCCUCCUCCACGUCGGCGCUCUCCUUCCCCAAGAAGAUACUCUCCUCCAAUACAGAGGAGAUACUCUCCUUCUCCACCUCCAAAGAGAAGAACAGCUUCUCCCCCUCCUAAACGAAGGGCAUCACCAUCUUCACCACCAAAGCGUCGGGUCUCUCAUUCUCCACCUUCCAAACAAAGAAGCUCCCCAGUCACUAAGAGACGUUCCCCCUCGUUAUCAUCAAAGCAUAGGAAAGGGUCUUCUCCAAGCCGAUCUACCCGCGAGACUCGCGAGAUUCGUUCACCACAACCAAACAAACGGCAUUCGCCCUCACCACGGCCUCGAGCUCCUCAGACCACCUCAAGUCCUCCACCUGUCCGAAGAGGAGCAUCAUCAUCACCCCAAAGAAGACAGUCCCCAUCUCCAAGUACUAGACCCAUUCGGAGAGUCUCCAGGACUCCGGAACCUAAAAAGACAAAAAAGGCUGCCUCACCAAGUCCUCAGUCUGUCAGAAGAGUCUCAUCCUCCAGAUCAGUCUCAGGAUCUCCUGAACCAGCAGCUAAAAAACCCCCAGCACCUCCAUCACCUGUCCAGCCUCAGUCCCCCACUACUAACUGGUCACCAGCGGUACCAGUCAAGAAGACUAAAAGCCCAACACCAAGCCUAUCACCAACAAGGAAUUCAGACCAAGAAGGAGGUGGGAAGAAAAAGAAGAAAAAGAAAGACAAAAAGCAUAAGAAGGAUAAGAAGCACAAGAAGCACAAAAAACACAAGAAGGAAAAAGCCGAGGCAGCUGCUGUUGCAGUUACAGUAGCCCCUGCAGCCAUUGCUGCUACCACUACCACAACAGCACAGGAAGAACCUGAGCCAGAGCCAGAGCCUAAGAAGGAGACUGAGAGUGAAGCUGAAGAUAACCUUGAUGACUUAGAAAAGCACCUGCGUGAAAAGGCCCUGAGAUCAAUGCGGAAGGCUCAAGUGUCCCCACAGUCUUAGGUGGAAAUAUUUGUUAUGUAAAUUUUUAUUUGGUUUGUAUGCAAUUCAAUUUCAAAAUUGCUAAAAUGUGUUUGAGCUUUAGACUAUAACAUUUGUUGUAAUAAUUGCUAGGUUGAAAUUCACCGUGUAAAAAAAGGGGGCAUGGAUUUACAUUGCAAAAGUGUCCACAGUGUAUUAGUAACAUUCUUUCAUUGACAACUGACAAAUUCAUUUAAAAUGACGUAUCUUAAGCCAAAAAAAAAAAAAUUCCUUUUUUUAAAAAAGGGGUUUAAACAUUGUUGGCAUUCUUUCUGGUUCCUAUAAAUGCCCCUGGCUAGUCCCAGAGGUUGUGUUUCAUUUUUCUUCCUUUUUUUUUUUUUUAACUUACUUGUUGAGUCUUAGUACCCAAUUAAGUUAUAAUGCUUCCAACCUCGUAUGGUUUGCAGGCUUGCCCAGAAGUAAGACCACUGUUGAAGUACCACAAAAGUAUAAAUGAAUAUUUUAAUGCCACAAUCUUUCCUAUUGGCCUGUGGAGUCUGCUGAAAUGAUUCAGGACUUAAACUCUAGGAUGAGACAAAAAAAUGAAAGCGUGUUGUUUGUCAGGACACCACAGGGUUAUAUUGAUGUGUUACAUGUUGAUUUGGAACACUGGAAUUUUUUUUUUUUUUUUUAAGGCAAUUAACCAGUCACAGGAAGGAUCCUUCGCUGAUACAAAUUUUUGUUUUAUGAAAUUUCAUGGCUCCAUUCAUACUUUCUGUCUUGUUCUUCCAAUUGGUAUAUACAUCUUUUCAGAGCUCUUGUAUUUGGAAAGCUGGAAAGGGCCCAGACUUUGAAAUAGUGUACCUUGUUUUCACUGUUUCCAGUUGUUUUUUCUUUUUCUUUUUUGUUUUUGUUUUUUAAACUAAAGCUAUAUAAAGCUGUGGAUUAAACAGAAUAAAUUUCUAAAUUUAAAAAU